UCUGGGCCGGGCUGCAGGAUGUGGGUCAGGGUGGUGGUGUUUGCGGUGGUGCCGGCUCGUCUUUGGCUUUUCUCCUUAAAUUGUGCCUUAGCCUCAAAGACUCCCGUUUCCCCCUGCAGUCAGAGCACCGCAUAAAGCUGGCAAACCUGAAAAUAAUCUCUCCUAGCAGCUACUUUCUAUUAAUCUGUCUGGAGACUUCUGCCAGCUGAGGGCUGGAGAUGCCUCUGAAGUCAGCUUUGUAAUUGAAGCAGACUUUCUUCCAGCAAGGGUGGAUGAAGGCAUAGAAAAGGGUGUAACUGCUACUGAAGUAAAGAUUUAAAGGAGGUCUGAUGUCAACGAAAGCAAACUUUCCUGUGACAGCAGGAUCUGUAGUUGUUCCUUAUGGGCAUGUGAUUGGAAAUGAGAAGUGGAGAGGGUCAGAGAUAGCCCAAAGGCUACAAGGAAAAAUUAGACUUAUCUUUGAAGAUGGCUUGGGACUUGUGGAUUUUCAUCUUUCAAACAGAACUUGCAUUUUAUAUAUUUCUGAAGCAGAUUUGGUUGCAGGAGAUGAAUUCAAACGAAGAUUGGUUCGGUUUAGAAAUGCCAGUAGUCUUGGAGGAAUUGUGAUUGUAGAGAAAACCCAACUAAGUGAUCAGUACUUCUUAGCAGUACAAAAGCUUGUUGUGCUAGAACUUGGAAUGGUGUUGCUUCCUGUGGCAAAUCAAGGAGAAGCUUCUCAACUUAUUACUCAGCUAGUCCGUGAACAAAGUAAGGAUCACAACAGUAACCCCUUUCUUCGUAAACAGUGUUCUCAGCUGGCAGAGCCAUCAGUGUUUCGGACAGUGCAACAAAUUCCAGGAGUUGGGAAAACAAAAGCUCUGCUUUUACUGCAACAAUUUGGAAGCAUCCACCGGCUUUGUAAUGCAUCUGUUAAAGAGCUUGAGCUAGUAGUUGGACAAACGGUAGCACAACAAAUUUAUACUUUUUUAUGUUCCUGACAUGCAUGUGUAGUGCUGUUUGGGAAAACAAAGACUUUUUGUUUGUUUGCUUCUUGUGAAUUAUAAAAUUUUGUAUUUAAUAAUCACAUAUUAUGGUAACUUCUGUAAUCCUGGUAACAACUGGAGGGUGUUGACUAAUUGUCUACAUGUUACUCAGGUGCUGCUGUUUUUUACAGCUGUUCUGCUCAUGAAGAUUGAGCUGUGAAAAUUGCCUUGGAAAGAGAGCUGUAUUUUGCAUCUAUCUUGUACAAAAAAACUGAGAAAGCUGCUUCUUUCAGCAUCCACAAAAAAAAAAGGCAAUUUUCUUGCUUGCUUUUGUCUUCCAUAAAUAAACACUUUG